CCUGAGAAUGAUAAAGGACCUCACACGGGGCUGUCCUCUUCACUGCCUGACCGUAAAGUGCGCUUAGUAUAACCGAUCAUACACUGUUUCUGCAUUAUACAUAUCGCUUAUAGAUGUGUAUGGUGAGUGAGAACUGUACGGAUGGGGACCGCACGAUAGGAGACGUAGGGACUACACAGUUUUCUGUCAGGCGAUGAAGGGGCAGCCCCGGGCACACGGAAGCUAGUCAGUGCUAGAUGUUGUGACGGGAGAAACCGGACAAGGAAGAGUCUGACCGAAGCCCGAGUACACGGAGACGUCUUCCCCCUCAUCCCUCCCCAGCCAUGCCGCUCUUCAGCGCCAACCCCUUUGACCAGGAUGUCGAAAAAGCUACAAAUGAAUAUAACACUUCUGAAGACUGGGCCCUGAUCAUGGACAUAUGCGACAAGAUCGUCAAUACUCCCAAUGGAGCAAAGGACGGCCUGAAGGCGAUCAUGAAAAGGGUUAAUCACAAAGUCCCCCACGUGGCCCUGCACGCUCUCGCUCUAUUAGGGGCCUGCGUGUCAAACUGCGGGAAGGCUUUUCAUCUAGAAAUAUGUUCCAGAGACUUUGCCAGCGAGGUGCGCGGGGUUAUAAAUAAGGCACAUCCAAAAGUAGCUGAGAAGCUUAAAGCCAUGAUGGUCGAAUGGUCAGAAGAAUUUCAGAAGGAUCCCCAGUUCAGCUUAAUAUCAGCCACUAUUAAGUCUCUGAAGGAAGAAGGAGUGACAUUUCCCACAUCUGGCUCUCAGAGCGCUUCCAAUACUCCUAAGAAUGGGACGGUGAGCACCAAGAGCAAAGAGGACGAAGAUCUUGCUAAAGCCAUCGAGUUAUCUCUGCAAGAGCAAAAGACUCAACCAUCAGAGACCAAAGCCUUGUACCCGACUGUAGAGGCGCAACAUGACAGUCAGAAGACGUCAAGGAAAGUCCGAGCUCUUUAUGACUUUGAAGCUGUGGAGGACAACGAGUUGACGUUUAAAAGUGGAGAAAUCAUCAUCGUGCUGGACGAUAGUGAUACAAACUGGUGGAAGGGAGAAAAUCACAGAGGCGUCGGGUUGUUUCCAUCUAAUUUUGUCUCUACAGCCUUAAACGUGGAGCCCGAGGCAGUUGCCGACAACCCUCCUGCGCCUGAAGAGGUUCCUGAAGCAGCAACGACGUCUGAGCCUGAGCCGGUAUUCAUAGAUGAAGAAAAAAUGGACCAGGCAUUACAUUUACUCCAGAGCAUUGAUCCAACAGACCCCAAGCCAGAUUCAAUCCAUCUCCUUGACUUAGAAGAUGUCUGUCAACAAAUGGGGCCAAUGAUUGAUGAGAAGCUAGAAGAGAUCGACAGGAAACAUUCGGAGCUGUCUGAGCUGAAUGUGAAGGUGCUGGAAGCCUUGGAACUCUACAACAAACUGGCGAAUGAGGCUCCAAUGUAUUCUAUGUACAGCAAGCCUCCUCCACAGGCACAUUACCCUCCAACCUCCCUUGGGGUCACCAUGCAGGGCUAUCCUGGACAGCCUCAGGGGGGUAGCUAUAUGGUGCAUGGUGUACCUCAGGUGCACCCUCAAGGAUACAACAUGAACCCUGAUCAGAUAGGCCCCCUGAGAUCUCUUCCACCAAACAUCAACUCAACAGUAACCACCCAGGCAGCUCAGACGCCAUAUUUGAGCACCGGACAUGACGCGGUUUCACAUGCUCAAUAUUCAAAUUACGGCCAUCCCAUGGGAAUGUCCGCCGAUAUGUCAGCCUAUCAGAACACUACGUCUUCUUUGCCUCCAGGACCUGGCUACACAAUGGCUGCCCCCUUACACUCUAUCCCUCAACAAGCCCCAAAUUACUACCAGCAGCCCCUGCUCUGAGACUGUAGCCCCGAAAGACCUCUCUGUUCAUCUUCGUGUCACGAGUCUCUUAAAGGAAAACUCUACUUUCGAACAGCAUUUUGCAACAUUCCACCGUUUAGUUCUACACGAAACGUUUAGUAACUUUGCAAAUAGCUUUCUGUUUGUUGUACCGACUAUUAUGUAAUUUAUAAACACGUCGAUUGUAUCUUGAUUCUGCCGGCGCUUGGUCACAUGACUGACUACAGAGUGGUGAUGACCCGCUGUCUGUUUCUGCCGGCAACCAGCAGCUCUACGAAAUGGAUAAAAAAAAUAAA